UUACAGCUUUUGCUCGCAUGGUUCAAGGAGCAGGUCCCGGGUUAUAAAUACGACGCUCAGCCGGUAAAACAAUGAGCACCGACAUCCGAGGAACCGGCAUCCCGUCACCGCUCCAUGAGCUUAGUGAGAAGGAUGUUGCAACAAGCUCUUAGAGUAUCCGGCCGGAGCUCUUUCCCUCUGGUCAAAUGGAUGGAGAGGUGGGCUGAGGGCGCACCAGCCGGUUCGGCGGGGACCAAGAUGCAGGGAGUGAAGACGCUGGAUGACAUGCCGGGGCCGUCGGUCGCCAGUUUUGUCUGGGAUUUGUUUGCCAGGCGGGGUCUGUCACGUCUGCACGAGUUACAGCUGGAGGGAGUGCAGCGGUAUGGCCCUAUGUGGAAGGCAAGCUUUGGUCCUAUACUGACAGUUCAUGUGGCUGAUCCGGCGCUCAUCGAGCAGAUCCUGAGGCAGGAGGGUCACCACCCCAUGCGCUCUGAUCUUUCCUCCUGGAAGGACUACAGGAAGCUCAGAGGACAUCACUACGGACUUUUGACAGCUGAGGGGGAGGAGUGGCAGACAGUGAGAAGUCUCCUGGGGAAACACAUGCUGCGGCCAAAGGCAGUGGAAGCUUACGAUAAAACCCUCAACAGUGUCGUCAGUGACCUCAUUGCCAAACUUCGCCUUAGCGGAGGUCCUCAGGGUCUUGUCACCGACAUUGCCAGCGAGUUCUAUCGCUUCGGUCUUGAAGGCAUUUCUUCAGUUUUGUUUGAAUCCAGAAUUGGUUGCCUGGAUCAGGUUGUUCCCGAAGAGACGGAGCGUUUCAUCCAGUCUAUUAACACCAUGUUUGUGAUGACUCUUCUUACCAUGGCCAUGCCAAACUGGUUGCACCAGUUGUUCCCUAAACCCUGGAAUGUCUUUUGUCAGUGCUGGGACUACAUGUUUGAUUUUGCGAAGGGUCACAUUGACCAGCGUCUGAUGGCCGAAGCAGAUAAGGUUGCCCGAGGAGAGAAAGUGGAGGGCCGUUAUCUCACCUACUUCCUGUCGCAGCAGGGGCUGCCCAUGAAGACGGUCUACAGCAACGUCACAGAGCUGCUCCUCGCAGGAGUUGACACGAUCUCCAGCACUAUGUCCUGGUCUUUGUACGAGUUGUCCCGUCAUCCAGAUGUGCAGGCCACUCUCCGGGCGGAGGUGUUGACUACACUUGAAGGUCGAAGGAUACCAGAGGCUGCAGAUGUAGCUUGCAUGCCUUUCCUGAAGGCUGUAGUCAAAGAAGUGCUCAGGUUGUAUCCUGUUAUUCCUGCUAACGCAAGGGUCAUUACAGAAAGAGACAUCCAGGUUGGAGGCUAUCUCAUCCCCAAAAAUACUUUGAUUACCCUGUGCCAGUAUGCAACAUCACGGGAUCCAGCAGUGUUUCCAAAUCCAGAUCAUUUCAAUCCCUAUCGUUGGCUGACCAAAGACCAGACUCAUCACCCGUAUGCCUCUGUGCCUUUUGGUGUGGGAAAACGCAGCUGCAUAGGUCGCCGUAUCGCUGAGCUGGAGCUCUACCUUGCUCUUUCCAGGAUUGUUUUAGAGUUCGAUGUGAAGCCAAAGCCAGAGGGAGUUUCUGUGAAGCCCAUGACACGGACACUUCUAGUUCCUGAAAAUGUCAUUAGCCUCCAGUUUAUUGAACGGUGACCUACUCUCCUGGAGAUGAUCAGUUACGUGACUGAACGUGAGUCCCUCGGCAACCCAGAGAACAAGCAGGCGGCGUUAUUGCAUGCCAGAGUGGGCCUUCAACUUUCAUCCCAACUAAGACCAAAGCUCUUCUCACCUGCAGCUUAACGAGUGCAGGCCGACAUGAAAUGAAAGAUGAGGGCUGAUGGAUUAUUGCUGAGGCAUUUCACUGGGAGAAGUGUAACAUCCAAUUUUAUCAAAAGGUGCUUAUUUUUGCAAAGGCCAGACACAAAGAAGUGAUCUUCCUUUGAACUUUAAACAGACAAUCUUCAGACUGUUUUUUUUUUUUCUUUCUCAGCAUUUUAUUUUUGUUGUGCUUUCAUGUGUGCACUAUAGUUUUUCUACCUGUCUGCAUGUGAGAAUGUACAUGUUUGAAUCAGUUGGACCAGCUAUUAAAAUAUUUAUACCGUAAGGUCAGUAGUAAAAGGUCCAUGUAAUAUGUAAGUGAGCCCGUUUGUCAGCAGAGCAGGUAAACCCAUCUUCACUGCAACUUCACUGCAGUGGAAGUGGGCGUUAUGUAUCCUGCCUCCAGCUUCCUCUACCUGCGCGGCACAUAAACCAAAAUGAGUAUUUCCAGUAGUUGGAUUAAGUCUGUUAUGUCUGUUGUGCACGACAAUUCAGAAAGAGCAACUGCGGAGAAAGUCUGGGCCUGUGUGAAAACGGAUUUAGGAAGAAGCAGUAGGGGGAGAAAAGAAGCACAGGGCAGGAGAGCAGGAGAAUGAUACGCAGUAAGUGAAUGAGAUCCGACGUUUGUGCCUGUGUGGUAUGUGCCCUCACCAGUCGUCCUUCAUUUUAUCCUUUUAGUCGGACCAUGUCGCAUUUCUUGGAAUGUGACAGAAAAAAUUUUCCCUGAACCUCGUAACUGCUUCUUAAAUCUGAUUAUGAAAUGUGAUCUCCUGCACUCGUAGAUAUCUGCAAUUUCCUGCAUGUCCUGAUUGUGCAAACAUUUCAAGAGCCUUUCUGUGUAUGUCCAGAACACCAAGAGCCACAGAGUAUUUGGAGCUCAAGAGUUCAGUCCUGCACAUGGGAGAAAAAAAAAAAAUCUAGCUCUGUGUACAUAUAAUCUCCAAUAUAUUAACUGAACUGUGUUUAAAAAGGUGCUUACGGGGCACAAACCUCUAGUGAUGGGUUCCUUACAAAAGGCAGCUGUUGAGGUUGUUCCCGUGUAGGAAUACAUACGGCCACUAAAAUUCCAACAUGCUCUUUUUAAAUCUUUCGAUACUGUCUUCAGUUCAUUGAUGCAGCUUAUCUAUUUUUUUUUAUACAUCUAAACCUACCAUGACUAAUAUUUCAUCAUUUUGUAAAUAAUAAGCUGCAUGAUCUGAACUCUGUAUUUAUUCUAAUUUAUCACAUUUUGAAACUGUCACUGUAAAACUCAAUAAAAGGUUUCAGGUUGAA